AUGUCGUGGACUCAUCUCGUACGAUUCAACCACAAAGGUUCCCCUACUUUCGCACAACUUGUCGACCCAAAAGAGAAUGGUGAAUUAGAUGACAAGAUCAAAGUGAAGAUCGCCACUGGAAAUCCUGUCAAACGCAACAUCAAGUUGACCGGAGAGACUGUAACCGUGGACAAGAAGGACUUAUUACCACCCGCGGCAGAUGUUCCGAUCGUGGUACAAACCGGGCUGAACUAUAAUGACCACGUCAAAGAGGCCACAGAAGUUGGAUAUCAGAAUCUCCCACCUCCCCGCCCAUAUCUCUUCUGGCGGCCACCAACCUGUCUCGCUGGUCCAUACGCGAAAAUCAACGUACACCCAGUCCAGCAAGACUCGCUCGACUAUGAGGGCGAACUGAUCAUUCUGGUGGGAUACGAGCCUUUCAAAGAUGUCACGGUUGAGGAAGCAGGGAAGCAGAUCAUCGGAUAUAGCGUAGGAAACGAUCUGUCUCCUCGUCCAGGGCCCAAACUCGGUGCCAUGAACUACAUCUGGUCCAAAGGGUUCGACGAGUUCACGCCAAUCGGACCGGUUUUGGUGAAUUCUGACGUUCUUGGAGUUCCACCCGCCAUCGAAUUGAAAACCAUCGUGGAUGGCAAGGUCGUUCAGCAGGACAAUACCAAGAAUAUGACAUUCAAUGUUGCCGAGGUGGUUGCCGCCAUGGCUACAGGGACCACUGUUCAACCAGGCACCGUCGUUUUCACAGGUACUUGUGGAGGUGGCCAAUGGUUCACUGACAAAGGCAAGACCCAUGGCGUUCCCGAUGGCUCGUUGGUCGAGGUUCAGUUCGAGAAGAUUGGCAAGAUUUCAAACAUUGCACACUUCCUAUAA